AUGCUGCUGGUGGCUCUGGAAGUGGUUCCCUGGGGACAAACGGACAUGCAGCAGCAGCAGCAGCAGCAGCAACAACAGCAGCAGAAACAGCAGCAGCAGCAGCAGCAGAAGAAACAGCAGCAGCAGCAGCAGCAGCAACAGCAGCACAAUUUAAUUAUCGGGGGGCAUUUGGGGCGAAGAGCCGCGAAAAGAGAAAUACAACGCCGGCAUGCAGCACAGCAGAAUCAACAGACAGCAGCAGCAGCAGCAGCAGCAGCAGCAGCAACAGCAGCAACAGCAGCAGCAGCAGCAGCAUAA